GGGUGGGGCGUGCAGUGGGCGUGUUAGAUAAGCAGCGCCAUGCCUAAAAGACCCGAUUUAGGCUUGGCUGGUGAGCGAGUCAUUGGUAGCUUCAAGCGCGCCUGUCCACCGUCAGAAAAACGCCUCUUAGCUCUAACUUACUGCAUGCGCAAGACGUGCAUCACGGAUUGACCGGCAUAUUGCGCCUCACCUUGCCAGCCUCACAGUUUACAGUCGUUUUGAAUACUUGCUGCAAGGCUCAGCCUCGAGUCGCAUCCGGGUCCAUCAUGUCUUCAGAUCUGGUUGAGAAGACUCUCGAGGAUGUCGCCAAUAAUGGAGAGAUGGACUAGUAUGUCCUCCCAACGCCAAUGCAAUCAGCGACUGACAGCAUGCCAGUGAUAAGUGGCCUUCAAUCAUUGAGCCGAUACUCCAGCGACUCAACCGGGUAUGCAUCCAAAAGGGUCGUGUUAGCCAGUUUUGACACAAUCGCAGAUCGUCUAUACCGAGUUUCCUAUGCCACGGCCCUAUCCAAACAUAAAUCGCCAAACUCUACCCUCCUCGCCAUCCCAGGCGCAUGCCACUUCGACACGAGAUUUCAAUCCCGCAAUGCAAUUACCUUCUACUCCCGUCCGCAACCUGCCUCCAGUACCACCUUUCCCAAACUCCUCAGCCACCUCGACAAGUCAUGUUCCCGACUCAAUACCUCCUUCGCAAGAUCCGUCGUCCGAUCUUAUUAAUGAACUCCCUUCCCUACUCCUCCAGACCCUGAACAGCGUCAUACAUACCCUGCGCACAGCAUUUUCUGAAAAGCCACCACAUACAAUCCAACGGUUGGCAGAAUUGGUCUUAUAUCCUACAAAGCACUACAAGACGCUGCCUGCUUGGCUGCGUGCGCUAGACCGGAUAGUCAGCGUGAGCAGUUCAGCAGAUAUCUUUCCUCUUUCCGAUACGCCGCCUAUUGUCAAUGGCGUCAAUGGAGACGGCGGUGGAGGUAUUCUAUGGAGCAACAGCGACAAUCGGAACGGUUACGACAGCAAUUCCCUUGGCAGUGAUGAGAGUCUAGGCGGCGCGCUGCUGACGCCUAUACCGUGGUUGCGGAAUGGCCUUGGUGGUGGCGAAGGGUCGAGUGAGGAAUCCGAACAAUUAAAUUUAGAUCAGAGCGCGAACGUGGACGGCCUAGGUGAGCCUUUGUCCCUGCCAGAUCCGCUUGGACAGGGAGGAGACCCUCUGGUUCCUGAGAGGCGUGACGGUGCAGUAACACAAGGAGAAUUGAUGCGCAUGGAGCAAACGGCUGGUGUUAUGCCGGUGAAUCAGAGCCAACAUAACGGAACUGGAAGCCGGACGAUGGCGGGCUCCGAGGACGGAUUGUACAUGGAUGAGGAGGGUGAUCUGGUACCUCACGCCCGUGGGCCGGACGUUGUAGGGUCAGUGGAUAUGGGUCGUGUGGGCGGACAAGAUGUCGAGAUCCGGAUCGGAAGCCCACCGCUCGAGGAGAGGCAGCCGUCAGACCCAAAUGACGCGCAGACAGUACUGCCCGGCCAGGACAGUUUGCCGGAGGCGACAGACAAGACGAGCGAGACGUCUCGUGAGGCAGAGGAUUUCGAGAUUGUGCUCAAGGAGACGGAGGGUGCUGAUGUGGAUGCAAUGCAAGUUGAUGACACUGGCAAGGGUACGGGUGAGAAGAAAGAAGAUCCGCAAUCGACCGAAGAGGAGGAUGGCGAUAUCGUCCUAGUGGACGCGGACGGGAAGACUGAGGAUGAUAAUACUUCGAAAGCUGACCUUUCUGGCGAGAAUGUCGGGCCUGAUGCGGCGGAUGCUUCCACUUUGACCUGAAUAGAUACCCAUUAUGGCGCAGCCGAGCUUCAAGUUUCUGCAUUGCUGUCUGAGGAAAUGAAGGUUGUCAGGGUUCUAGGAUUCCAGGUUCCAGGUAUAAGCCGAGGCCUGGGAGACAUCUAAAGUUUAGGCUAUGAUAUAUGUGUUUAUCUGAAGAACCCAUGAUGACCCUCAAGGUAAACUACAUAUCCGUGCGCCGGUCA